AUGAAUAAUCCAAUUGAUGAUGACAAUGAUUCAUCGAUAGAUGACUUUGAACAUCGAAAUGAAAAUCUCGAAAAAACUUCUUCGAAUACAAUGGCAACAACGACCAUCGUUGAUGAUAAAUGGUCAUGUUCAGUAUGUACAUAUUUAAAUUUCGCACUUGCACAAAAAUGUACCAUGUGUCGUCAACCAAAAAUAACAAUCAUGAAUGCAGCAUCAGCGGAUAUUUAUCAAUUAAAUGCUUCAUCUGAAUCUAAUACACAACAAGAACUAGCUCAACAACAAAUACCAGCAACCUAUAUUGAUUCAGUUGAAAAAUGGCCAUGUGAUCAAUGUACAUUUCUUAAUUAUCCAAGAGCAGUACGUUGUACUCAAUGUGGUUCAUAUCGUCUUAUUGGAAUAUCACGUGUAUCACCUGUUCAACAACCAUCAUCAAUUGAAACGAAUACUAAUGAACGAAUUUCACCUCCACCAUCCAUUAUUGAUUCUCGUCGAAUUUCACAACGUUUAAGAAAAUGGACUUGUACUCGAUGUACAACUGAUAAUUAUCCAGCAACAAAAAAAUGUAUAUCAUGUGGAAUUUUUCGUCAAAAUACUACAAAUAAUUCUAAUCCAAUUAUAUCGACACCAACAUGCUCAUCAUCAUCCUCAUCGUCAACAUGUUCAUCGAUUUUAAUCGGUACAGAUGAAGAACAACGUAUGAAUGCAAUAAAUAAAUCUAUGGAAAAUAUAAAUGUUGAACGAAUAUCAAAUAAAGAAAGUAAACAUAAUCGUAUAAGUGGUGAAAAACGCCUAGUAACGAAUAAAAAAAAUUCAUCAUCAGCAAGUAUCGAUCGUUUAUGGUUAAAAGCUUGUCAAACAUUACUUGAUCAUGGUUCAUUACCGAUUGUUUUCGAAUAUUUACUUUGUGGUGGUGAUCCAACACGACAAAUUGUUAUUGAAGAUACUCAAUUUCUUAUUAGUUCUUAUUUAUCAUCUAUUGAUUUAGUUGGACGUACAUUAAAAAAUUUAGCUAAUAUAACUGGACAAAUAGAACAAUUUUGUAAAUUUGAAACAGCAUUUCAACAAUUAAUGAGACAACAAAAAAAACUUCCUCAUCAAAGACGUGUACCAGCAAAUAUAUGUAAUAGAAUAAAUGGAAUGAUUCAACAUUUUUUUCAUAGUCAUUUAAAAUUAAAAAAAGUUACAGAUUUUCAAUCAUAUUUUUUAACAGAAUGGUUUACAGCUGUUCUACCAGCAGAAAUUCGUGACUUUUCUCAUCGAACACAACAACAAAUAUUUGAUGAUAUACUAGAUCAACAAGUUCAACAAGAACUUGAAGUUGAUAAUCGAAUAAUCAAUUGGAAUAGUGAAGUUACAAAUCGAUUUCAUUCUCGUUUAUAUGCAUUAUGGAAUCGAAAGAAUGGUGAUUGUUUAUUAGAUAGUGUUUUACAAGUUUGUCUUGGAGUAUGGGAUACAGAGAAUACAUUACGUCGAGCAAUGGCUGAAUGUUUACAAAAUGGAUCAAACAAAUUUUUUGAACGAUGGAGUGAAUAUGAACGAUUAGUUGCUGAAAAACAACAAUAUAGACAAGAUGAACAUCAAUUACGAAGUGAUUGGAAUGAUGUUUUAACAUUUGCAAAUCAACCUGGUGAAAGUUUAGGACAUGCACAUAUAUUUGCAUUAUCACAUAUACUUCGUCGACCAAUUAUUGUUUAUGGUGUAACAAAUGUUAAAUCUUAUCGUGGCGAAUAUUUUAUUGGUCUUGCUCGUUUUCAAGGUGUCUAUUUACCAUUACUAUGGGAAACAAAUUUUUGUUCAAAAUCACCCAUAUGUCUUGGUUUUACUCGUAAUCAUUUUUCUGCUCUUGUACCUAUGCAAGAACGUAUAAAUAUCUCAUCAUCAUCAUCAUCAUCAUCACGCUCAUCAUCACCAUUAAUUCUUAAUCAUGAUAAUGAUAUUCAACAACGUCCAUCAUCAUCUUCAUCAUCAUUAAUAAAUCAACAACCAAAUGACAAUAAUGAUCUACAAAUAUUCUAUCAUCCAUUAAUGGAUUGUGAUGGAAAUCUAUUACCUGUUCAUUUUCUUACAUCAUCAGAAAUUGGACAUGAACAAGCAAUUCUUCAUCAAUGGCUUGAUUGUGGUUUUACAAGUAAUGGUUUAUUAGUAGCUAAGCAAAAAGUUGGAAAACGUCCUCAGGUGUGUCAACAGUCACUCGAUGUAUGGCUUAAUCUUUAUUCGACGAAUAGUGGUACUCGUCGAAUGGAUUUAUCAUCGAGAUAG